AAGAGAAGAGUUCGUUAAGUUUCGUGACGUUAGGUUUUCUGAUUUUUAAACGGCACUUUGAAAAGGAUUAUACUAAUAUACAAAAUUAAUAAUUUAUUUAAAUAUUUAAUAUGAAUUUUAUGUCUCCUUUUUUCUUUGAGACUACGAGAUUUAUGUUUAUAAAUCCGUUACCAUAACAGCGGAUUUGAAUCAGAGAGUGUGUAAAUACGUGACGGUAUAUUUGCCGGAUUUAUUAUUUUGUAUAAAAUAUUUUAUAGAACUUGACGAGAUGACGGACGCGUCGAAAUCUGACGUGCAAAUUAUUUUGAGCAUAAAAGAAGGAAGGGGUUUUGAACAAGUUUUACAACCAACGAUAUUAAUUGGAACUUUAGAUGGACACUCUUUGCAAACUGACAGAAUUGAGUCUUGUCCGACUCCACAAUAUGCCAUUGACCUUGUUUGGGAAACCAAUAAAAUGAUGCUGAGAAGAAUGCGAUCAGGGCACGCCUCAUUAAAAUUAGAAUGCUUUGCUUUUAAAGAGAACGAAGCUAGGGAGAGAAUCGGAUAUGUUUUGCUGAAUAUACGUUCUGCGCAAAUAAUAUCUAAAUAUCAAGACUUAAGUCCAAGAACAAGUUGGCACAAGUUGCUGGGUUUAAGAAGUGAUCUUAAAAUACAAAAGCCAGAGUUACUUAUUGGAUUAAGAGUUGAAGAUCGGAAGGAUAUAAAUUUAAAUCCAACAACAGAGAGAUGUCCCGAGAUCGAGUCUCACAGAAAUCCCGGCGGCGAUUUUGGAAAGUCCAAUUUCAGGAAUAUUCCUAGCGAAGUAAAAUGUAUGACAGAAUACAAAAAUAUAAAUAAACAGUCUGUCGAUUGCCAGUGCAUUAAACAUCAAACGGAUAAGAUUACAUAUUCGCGUUCAUGCGAUAGAAUGUUCUGCAAUCAUAUUAAUAAAAACUACAUCAAAGAUGUAGGAUCUUAUCAUUGCUAUUGCCUACACAUCUCACUUGUGGCAAUAACCUUAGUAUCUGAAACUCUAUCUGGACGAGAAAUGGAAUUUCGGUUUCACCAUCCGAAAACUGAGAUUAUGUCAACGGCGUACGCGACAAUGCCAGCUUUAUUGAAUGAAAAAAUUAAAUUGCAAAAUAUUGUAUGUCAGUUUCACUUUAUAUCUGCACCAGAUGAAAUAAGACAAUUACUACAAUCUUUUCCACCAAAAAUUAGCAUGUAUGACGCAAACAAAGGCGAUGUACCGUUAUCAUUGCUAAUGCUUGAUAUAAAACUGUUAUUUCAUCAAGAAAAGUCUGAAUGUCAAUAUAAAUUGUCUCUAUUCGAUACAGACCGAAAUAAAAUUGCUGAUAUGGAUAUUGUACUUAAGUUAGAGGAUCGUGGACCGCAUUGUAUUUUAAAAAAAGAAACUUUUGAUAAAAAUCUUGGGCCCCCGAUAUUGGAUGAUAGCUUAGCAUAUAAAAUAGUGGACGAGCUCGAAACUUGGAAAGAACGACAAAAGGAAAUGUUUAAAGUCGAGCUUAAAAAAAAGGAAGAACGACAUUUGAACAUGCUGAGCGAAGAAUGGCGAAUGCAGAAGGAAAAUCUAGAAUCAAAACUCGCAUAUAGCGUCGAACAAUGUAAAACAUUAGCUAACAGUUUAAACAAUGCUACCGAAGAUUUGAGAAAGCGUAGAUUAAAAAGCUUGGAAAAUGAGGCCAGAUUGAUUAAAGCAAACGAAGACUUGCAAUGGAGAUAUGAUACCAAAUUACAAGAGCUUAAGGAUCGUUUGCAUGCGACGCAAAGCGAUCUUACAUCAAAGGUCGCCAAACUUGAAGAGAAUAAAAUUGCUCUAGAGGCAAAAGUGGAAAUAUUGUCGUAUGAAAAUGAGAGUAUGAAAUCGUCGAUAAAUAAACAGAUGAACGAACUGCAAAUGUAUCAAAAAGGUUCUUUAACUCAAGAUCAAACAGCAUCCUUAUUGCAAGAGGUGAAAAUUCUUGAAGAAAAAUUAGACAAUGCUCAAAAGGGGAAAGAAUUUUUUCGAGAGCAAUGGAGCAAAGCGGUUCGCGAAUUACACAGAAUGAAAGUGGAUUAUCAAGAAGCUAUGCAAGUUCAAAUCAAGAACAGUAGGGAAGAACUGAUGAGCACAGACCUCGCGGAAAUUUUAUCUGCAGACAGAAAAGCUUUGAACAACGAUCAAAUUUUACUGAAUGAGCUUCAAAAGGAAAUCGAUGUAAUCAAGCCGAAACAAUCUUUCGCUCCGACAGAAACCCGCACUGAGAUAUUUACAACAACCGACGACAUCUGCUACAACUUUCCCUAUAAUGGCGCUGAGAGAGGAACGUGAAUCCCUUCUAAGGACUGGAAAUUACACGGCCGAUGAUAUAGUGAUCAAGAAACUUAACGCAGAAAUUUGUUCCUUACUGGUAAGCAGGUAGCAAAUUUAUUUAUCCUGCUUGACUUUCCUUGAUUAAUAUUUUAUCUUUACAUAUGAAGAAAGAAAACAUAUAUGCAAUCUCGAAAUAAAAAUCUAUGACAUGUUACAAGAUAA